AUGUCUCUGCCUGGCCUUGACUUAUCUGCUCCUGUUGAGACUUUCGCGACGCCGACUGUUCAUGAGCUCAAGGAGCAAACAGAAUGGAGAUUCGAGGUUGCUUUUGGUACCAAAGUUGAGGUUCGGCUCCUCUCAGGCACUGCUGAACUUUUUGGCACCGAGCUCCCUAUCAACCAGACUUACACCUUCACUGGCACUAAAGCGGCCAUCUACACGUGGCAUGGUUGUCGCAUCGAGGUCGUCGGCGACUGCCAAGUCGAUUAUAUCGCCGAAGAGACCCCCAUGAUGAUCUAUGCGAACCUACAUUUUGCUCUAGAGAACCUACGUGAGAAAGCGAAUUCAGAAGGAAGAGAUGGACCUCGGGUGUUAAUAGUGGGUUCGGAGAACGCAGGGAAGACCAGUCUAGUCAAGAUACUUACAGCAUACGCUACGAAAGUUGGUCGACAGCCUGUGGUGGUCAAUCUUGAUACGAAAGAAGGCAUGUUGAGCAUACCUGGAACACUCUCUGCCACAACGUUCACCUCGGUCAUAGACGUGGAGAAUGGAUGGGGAAGCAGUCCAAUGAAUGGGCCUAGCCAAGUGCCCGUCAAGCUGCCUCUGGUGUACUAUAUGGGAUUAGCCAAUCCGGAAGAGAAGACUCUGAUAUUCAAGCCCGUUGUGACCCGGCUCGCAUUGUCCGUGAUGAACCGGUUACAGGAUGAUAGUGAAGCCAAAGAAACAGGGGUCAUCAUUGACACACCAGGCAUUAUCAGUCAAGGCAAAGGCGGCUAUGAAAUGAUCCAGCACAUCGUCUCGGAGUUCUCAGUCAGUGCGAUGGUAGUCCUUGGCUCCGAAAGACUAUACAAUGACAUGCUCCGACGCUUCAGCGGCCAGAAGACCGGCGCUGGCGAGACCAUUGCUGUCGUCAAAGUGGACAAGUCUGGCGGAUGUGUCGAUCGAGACGAAGCAUACCUACAGCAAUUCCGCCAGUCUCAAAUCCGGGAGUACUUCUUUGGCGACGUCAAUACCACGUUAAGCCCACAUACGCAACAGAUCGACUUCAACCAGCUGAUCAUAUACAAGUUGGCCGAGCCAAUCGAUGACCUGCUCAAAUCACUGAUGCCUGGAGACGUGACAGAAGAUAGCAUCUCCGCCAUCUUCAACAAGGUCCGACCGUCCCCGCAGAUGCAAAAUGCGAUCCUCACCAUCGUAAACGCCCACCCUGAAGAUACGCAGGAGAACAUCCGUGAUGCCAGCGUGAUGGGGUUCAUAUACAUUGCCGAAAUAGAUGAGAAAAAAAACAAGCUGAAGGUGCUUGCACCCGUAGGGGGAAGAUUGCCAAAUAAGGCCAUUAUAUGGGCCAUAGCAAUAUCGGGUGCGGAGGCAAUUAUUGCUUUCGGUAUCGCUACUAAUGUCAUCCAGUUCAUUGACUUCACGGCGAAGCUAUGUGGCCGAAUACGGGAAUAUGCAUCAGGCUCCGGCUUGCCGAAAAAGCUCGCGACCCAAGCCGACCGUCUUUCAGACCUUCUGAUUAUCCUUGAAUCGCUGAACAAGGCCUCAAAUCAAGCAGUCUUGAGCGGCCAGACCCUGGCACGAUGUCAGACUCAAGCGCAGGACUUGUCCGGUAUUUUGGAUGAUCUGAAGAGCGAUGGCCAAAGGCAGAUUUGGGCAAAGAAUGCAAGAAGAGCAUUCAAGUCGCUCAACCGUACUGACCAGAUUGAAGAGCUACAAGGUGUUUUAGAUAGCCUUGUCGGAGUUUUGAGCCUUCAAUUGCAGGCUGAUACGAGAUCCGCAUCAAGUCAAGUACAAACAAAUACCGUGUUGAUCCUUGAACGGCAGCUUGAGCAGAUGUCGCUGCUGAGCGAUCUGAGGCACAUGGCAGGCUUGAAGGAUCAGAUUAACGACAAUGCCAGCUUUUUAGACAAGGUCCUAUGGAUGGUAUCUAUAGGACGGAAUCCUGCCUUCGUCGGACGCACUGCGGUGAUGUCGGCCUUGGAGCUUAGGCUUGCAGCCAAACCAGAUGCUGUGCCAACGGCGGUCUUGUGUGGACUAGGUGGUGUUGGGAAAUCCCAGAUUGCCCUGGAAUACGCAUACCGAGAGAGGGAACGGUCUGCGAACACAUCAGUAUUCUGGAUUCAUGCUGGUAAUGCAGCGAGGUUCGUCGAAUCUUACAAGCGCAUCGCUUCCGAAUGCCAGAUACCGGGCAGAGAUGACCCAAAUGCAGACGUACUCCAGCUUGUCCGCGACUGGCUGGAGGCCAAGUAUGAGUGUCCAUGGCUAAUGAUUGUUGACAAUGUCGAUGACCGCCACCUGUUCUUUGAAACUUUUAGCUACGCUGGCAAAGCUUUGAGGGAGUAUAUCCCCCAAAGUUCUAAAGGUUCAGUACUCUACACGACAAGGAAUAGAGACAUCGGCAUGGACCUCGCUCUUGAUCGAGUUCCGAUUACCGUGCCUUCCAUGGAUGCACAUGAGGCCCAAGCGUUGCUUGGUCAGAAAAUUAUAGCUGAGAGUACAGAGACCGAGCAGCUUGAACUCCUCGGAGAGUUGGUCUAUCUGCCACUGGCGAUUUCUCAGGCCGCAGCUUUCAUGGCGAAAAGACGCAAAAGCGUCGCCGAAUAUAUCAAGCUAUAUCGUGGCAGUGAAUCAACUAGAAUUAGGCUUCUUGGUCAACGAUUCAAUCAUCAUGGUAGAGAAGCAAGACCGUUAGAGUCAGUCGUGACUACGUGGUGGAUAUCGUUUAACUACAUCAAGACGGUGAACCCGCGAGGUGCGGAGAUAUUGUCGAUGAUGAGCUUUAUGGAUCAGCAGGGGAUUCCAUUCUCCUUGUUGAUAGCAGACGGAGAAGAUGAGUUUGAUUUCGAAGAAGCGAUGGGUCUAUUGGGAGCAUUUUCGCUCGUCACUUUGGACACGCACCGCUACGCAUGCAACGUCCACGGUCUAGUCACGGUGGCCGUCCAGGGUUGGCUCCGCGAGUACGAAAAUAAAUGCGAAACGAUCGCAGCACAAGCGUUGAAGACGGUAUCCGACAGGUUUCCAGAUGGCUUCUUUGAGAGUUGGCCGACCUGCAGAGUCUACUUUCCGCAUGCGGAAGAGGUCCUUCGCUCCAGUGCUGCUGUAAUUCAAACCGCGUCACUACACGCUAAAGCAUCUCUGUUACGCAAUAUGUCGACCUUCCUCAGGAUGCAAGGCAGGUACGAGGUCUCAGAGUUGAGAGCUGUGGAGUCGAUGCAGGUUUUCGAGCGUUUGUAUGGCUCUGAGCAUCCAGAUACGCUGUCUGCCAUUGAAAGCUACGCACAUACUGUCCACAAACGUGGCAGGUACCAAGAUGCAACGCUCUUACAGAGGCAGAUCUUGAAGUCAAGGGAGAAGGUGCUUGGAAUUGGUCAUCGAGCCACACUUGAGAGCUUGAAUGCUUUGGGGUCUAACCUACAAACCCUUGGUCAGUACAGAGAAGCCGAGGAGAUCCAUCGUCGAGAACUCGUUGAAAAGCAAAAACUACUCGAUGGGCAGCCAGGAGAUAUCGGGAUCAAGGCGGACGUCUUCAUUGCAAUGAACAAUGUCGCUCGUGUGCUUUCUCACCAACGCAGAUUCAAGGGAGCUGAACAGCUACAUCGGGAAGCAUUGUAUAAGGGCGAGCUUGUUUUAGGACGUCUUCACCCAGAUGUGUUCAUCACACGUGGGGAGCUAGCAGGUACGGUUAGAGAUCAGGACAGACUGGAUGAAGCUGAGCAGAUGUACAACGCUUUGCUAAAGGAUCGAUUAGAAUUGCUUGGUGAUCGCCAUCCUGACACGCUUAUCACUCUGAACAAUUUAGCAAUAGUCUCUGCCCGCCAAGGCAAGCAUCAGAAAGCAGAAGGUAUCUAUAGGGAAGCCCUGCUUAUUGAGCAGGAUAUUCUCGGCGUCACUCACCCUUCCACAAUCAACGUCAUGCACAAUCUAGCAUGUUCCGCUUGCGACAGGAAAGACUAUGCACAGGCGGUAACCGAGUUCAAGGCCGUCUUGGAGCUGCAGAAGAGAGUCAUUGGGCCUACUCAUCCACACACUAUGCACACUCGGCGCAAUCUUGCGAUCGCACUGAGGAAGUCUGGAGAUCUUGAACAGGGAGACAAGCUGGACACUGAGAUCUUGAACAUAUCCGAUUCCUUGCAUGAAAAUAAAGAAUCAGAACAGUUACAGACACUCGAAAACCUCGCCAAGAGCCUCACAGAUCAAGAAAGGUAUGAGGAUGCUGAGGCAAUUCGCCGUCAGGAGUUGGAGCUUCGACUGGCUUCCGGCGAAAAUGAGAAAGAAAUUCAAGACAAUCUUGACGCUCUUGCUUUUCUUCUUGGCCAGCAGGGAAAGCAUGAUGAGACCGAACGUAUCUUUAAGCAGAUAUUGGACUACAGGACCGUGCACUACGGACCUGAGCACGGAGAGACUUUGCAGACUCUGUGGAACCUGGCGCUGGUCUACCGCGAGCAAGAAAACUUUUUGAACGCUGAAGCGAAGUAUGUGCAACUGGUGGGCAUACAGUCGAAGAUCCUUGGUGUGGAUCAUCCGAAGACUCUUGACAGCCUCACGCAGCUUGCAUGGGUGCUUCAACAGCAACAAAAGUGUGCUCAAGCAGAGGAAAGGUACCGUUUCUUGCUCGAAGCGCGCCGCAAAGGCCUAGGGUCGGAGCACCCAGACACGCUUGUGAUAAUGAACAACCUUGCUUCGGUGCUCAAGUACCAAGACAGCGAAUCAGACGAAGCCACGCCCUUGCUUCGGCACGUGUACGAGACUAGAUCGAAGAUCUUGGGGCUGGACAGUGAUCUCGCAAAGGAUUCGAUGCGGUUUCUUGCAGAUCAUCUGCGAGACUUGGGUCAGCAUGAAGAGGCUGAAAUUUUCUGUCGGCAAAAGAUGGGGCUGGAGGAGAUUGCAGACGAUAGUAACGCCAUUCCCAGUCCUCAACAGAACCAACUCCCAGCUGACCCGGUGAGACAUGCCGCUCCGAUAGCGCCGAGCGGGCUUGAUGACGUUGGUGUCAAAGAAGAGGAUCUCUAG